AUGAAGUUAGAUAUGCAGAGAAUAUGGAAGAGAAACCUAGGUAGAGAUGAUAGAUGCAUCGCUGAUAAUGGCAAAGAGGUACCACUUGCUUCUUUGUUAAGUCGUUCAGUUCUUUAUGUGUUAAGUCCAGAAAGAAACACAUUACAUUACACAUUUAGUUGGAUUGAAUUUGAAUGGACAUGUGUGGUUUGGUCACUUCAGGCUAGGUUUCCUUUUCUGGAUGAAAAUGUAAUAAGGAUACUGCUUGAUAUUCCACUAUGGGAGAUUGCAGACCUUGGCCAACCAAGUGGAGUUGGUGAUAAGAUCUUGAGAAAGAUCUUGGUCAAUUUUCUGCAAUAUAUGAAUCCUGUUUUCCAGUUAUUAAAAAAGAGUGGGAAAACUUUUGUAUUAACUUUUACACUUAAUUCUUACAUUGUUACAAAAGAGUGGCAUGUUGUUGUUCGUGUUGACUAUAUUCCUUCUCGUGUUGACUUACCUUCUUUAGGCCAUGGGAAAUAUGUUGAACUUGUUAAUCCAUUUCAAUGGAAGUAG